AUCGCGUCUGACGCUAAUGCUGCCCCCGAGAAGCCUCCUUAAAUCUGUGCGUCGCGAUUGGCCGCACGCUCACACACCUCCCCACCGACAACUACCCAUCCAGGGCCCGGGACACAAAUAGACAGUAAACCCAGUGGGUGGUAGUCAACCUAAGAGGUGAAAUUCUCCACUACAACCCGAUUAGUGACCUACACAGUGCGCGUGCUUUGAAUGCGUUAUAAUAACCAGAAGACUGCUGCAAUUCAGCGCGGGACAGGCCUGAAGAAAUAAACAAGAUCCCAAAACCAUUUCAACCACCAUUUGAAGCGAAGGUUGAGACUGUGGGAGUCGGUUUGAGAGAUGGACUUCCUUGCUGGCUGCAUAGGAGGUGCCGCUGGAGUCCUGGUUGGACAUCCGUUUGACACGGUUAAGGUCAGACUUCAGGUGCAGAGUGUUGAUAAACCUCUUUACAGAGGAACAUUUCACUGCUUCCAAUCCAUCAUACGUCAAGAGUCAAUGCUUGGCCUUUAUAAAGGCAUUGGGUCACCUAUGAUGGGCUUGACGUUUAUCAACGCCAUCGUCUUCGGCGUGCAGGGCAACACCAUGCGCAGGUUGGGCGAGGACACGCCCUUGAAUCAGUUCCUGGCUGGGGCGGCGGCGGGCACCAUACAAUGCGUCAUCUGCUGCCCUAUGGAGCUGGCUAAGACCCGCAUGCAAAUGCAAGGUACGGGCGAGAAGAAGUCGUCCACUCGGAAGAUGUACAAAAACUCGCUGGACUGCCUGGCUCGCAUCUACCAGCGCGAGGGCAUACGGGGGGUCAACCGCGGCAUGGUUACGACCCUGAUCCGAGAGACCCCUGGCUUUGGCGUUUACUUCCUCGCAUACGAUCUACUGACACGCUCGCUGGGUUGUGAGCCAGAGGACCCUUACAUGAUUCCCAAACUGCUGUUUGCCGGCGGCAUGUCGGGAAUUGCGUCGUGGCUCUCCACGUACCCCGUGGACGUGAUCAAGUCACGACUGCAGGCCGACGGCGUGGGCGGGAAGUUCCAGUACAGCAGCAUCAUAGACUGCACGCGGAAGAGCAUCGAGCGUGAAGGUUGGCGGGUUUUCACGCGCGGACUUACCUCAACUCUUCUCCGCGCCUUUCCGGUCAACGCGACCACGUUUGCAACCGUUACCCUCUUCCUCUUGUACGUACGCCCCGACGAGGGUCCUAAAGACUGCGAAACCGCUCCCGCCGCACCAGCGCAUCAUUCUGCAUUGCAGCAGCAAACGCAACCAUCCAGUCUGUGAGUGGGACGGAACUAGCUCGUAGCGCUUCCCAAUAUGGCUGACCUGUUGCAGCACAGGGCGCCAUCUGCCCACUGUAAAUGGAGUUGCACAAUCUUUAACACGUCUGUUAACAUGUACGAUAACUUGAGCUCUGUGAAUUGCAUAUGUAAAUAUAUUUUUAUAUUCUAUAAUAUUUAACAAACAAACAAACGUGUUCCCUUUUUCUGCCUUACAAGAACAGUUAAACGUAUGAAUCUGACCGUUGAAAGUAAGACGUUGACUGUUGAUAUAAUUGACUUUUGGCUUUCACAAACUGCUACACGACUUCUGUUAUAUCGCUAAAUGCAAAUCAGUGUCUCAACUAAACAAACCCUCGUCCUUGCAAGCCGUUAAACCUUCGUUAGCAUGUUUAAUUUGACAUGAGUAGAAACUAGACAAAUCCAGUUUAAGCUGUGCGCGUAAUAGAUGGUUUAUGGCUGGUCAAGUCUAGUCGUUAGCUGGUGGACUACCUUAAACUGGUCUGAGCGGCUAGAAAACCAAAACACCGAUACCAGCUUAAGAUACUGGCUUCUACUUUUUUGGUCCAUUCGUAUUUUUGGGAAUGACGUAUUCUCAAGGGUUCGUCAACGCCAAGGUACGCAACCGUAUGACUUUGCCCGUUUCAGUCUGGUUUUGUUUCUGUGAAAUCAAUGCUAGGUCGUCAAUAGGUCGUCUAGCAAGACUAAGGUCACUCGCGAAAGCUACGUCCGUUCUAUCAAUCUCGCCGGAGAACGUAUCCGUCGUUAUUAAAGUGCUUUUAUGUUAUUCCGAGGAGUGGAAAUCUAAUUUUAGCAUGCGCUGCUCUCUGACGGGUGAAGGUUAGCGAUAUCGUCGCCCGCGGUUCAGUCGAUCUCCGCUAGUGUGUUAUCUCACUAGGUACCAUAUCAUGCUUGCCAUUGUCCCCGGGCAACUCUCAAAGUUAAUGUUUGAACCCAUUUAGCUCCGGCCCAGAAUUGUGAAAAGGAAUGCAACAGUUGCAUGUUUACUGUUACUUGUUACAAUCGUGUUACAAUUGUAUCUGACACCCUUGUGACAAUGAUAUCAACACGGAUGUGUUACAUUAGCUUGUCUGAGCAUGUGGGUUAUCUGUUAUGAUGUAAGAUCAAUAAAUAUGUUGUUUGUAUGUAUCAAAGCUUGAACAUAUAGAAGCUUGUGUCAGUCGUGAGUUGCAACUGAGAGAAUGUAAAAGAUGAGUUCAAAGGAAGCUCAUUACAAAUGCAAAUACGGUUUCUAGCAGAGUUUGAUUAUGUUUGUAUUGAUUAACGUAUAUGUUGUAUUAACUGUAAAUAUCUAGUAUUUGAUUAAAAAGGGAAGUUUACUGUAGACCGCUGCUUUGAGGACGAAGUUCAUUCUGUGUGACGUCAGUGAGAAAUGUUAAAGAGUUCAAUCGGUUUUAAGAGUACUGAAGUGAAUUUUCGUUUUAAUGGCUUUAGGUUUGGUUGUUUUUCAAGUUUGUUAUUGCUGCUGAAGUGACAGAACAAUAUGGAGAUAAACUGCUGUCCUAUUUUUGUAAGAAAAGGUUUAGUUCAGCAUUGCUCCCAUUCAAAAUGUAGUUGGCCUCAAACAAUUUAUAAAUUGCUUUUGGUCGGACAAAAUGAAAUGUAAAAAUAAA